AUGGUUUCAAUUUCAAACUCAAUUCUAGUUGCUUCUUCUCUUUAUUCACCAUCACUUCUACCUCGCUCCCAUAAACUUUCUUUCUCAAAUCAAAUCCCUGCAUUUCUUCCUCACCAUUACCCUUUCAAUUCUCAAAGGCCUCUUUCAUCUCUUUGCUUCUUCAAUGCCAGAGACGAUUCUGACACCAAACUUCAGAACAAGGACUCUCGAUCGGAAUGGCCUAUUCUUAAGCGAUGGGAGGUGCCUUGGGAGUGGCAAACAGUUUCAUUAACCUCUCUUGCUUGUGGAUUGGGUUUUGUGUUGACAGGUUUGGUUGAGGCAACGGCUCUACCCUAUCUAGGGAUUCGACCCGAUGCACUAACUUUAGAUGAAAAGGCAGAGUUACUCUUUUUAGAUCAGGGCAUCACAACUGCUGCUGUACUUGCAAUCAUAUAUAGUGUUUUCAACACUUACCAGCCACUCCCUGAAGACUUCUUCAAAUAUGAUUUGAGGGAACCUUUUAAUCUUCAAAAGGGUUGGCUUUUGUGGGCUGGAGUUGGACUUGUUGGUGCCCUAGUUGCCAUUGGAUUGACAGGAGUUGCUGUGUCCUUCUUUAGUGGAGAAACCCCACAAAGAGAGACUGAUGCUCUUGUUCGCUUGCUUCCGUUGAUUGGAUCUUCAAGUGUCAGCACUGCUUGUUUGGUAGGCAUCACAGGUGUUUUUGCUCCACUUCUUGAGGAGACGGUAUUCCGAGGAUUUUUCAUGACUUCCCUGACUAAGUGGGUUCCUACACCGAUUGCUAUCGUCCUUAGUGCUGCUGUGUUUGCUCUUGCACAUCUCACUCCCGGUGAAUUCCCCCAGUUGUUUGUUCUAGGGAGUGCUCUCGGGAUUUCUUAUGCUCAAACUCGCAACCUUCUCACUCCCAUCACCAUCCACGCUUUCUGGAAUUCAGGAGUUAUAUUAUUUCUUACUUUUCUCCAGUUACAAGGAUAUGAUAUCAAAGAAUUAUUGCAGACAAGUUGA